AGGUAUCUCAGACUGAGUACAGAAGCGUAAUGAAAUUUAGCGGAAGUACAAAGUCUGACGUAGUCAGGCUAUUGGAACGUAUGUUUUCCAAAGAAAAACACAGAUAAAAUACAAAUACUUGAAAAAUACUUUUACAGUUUUUUACAAUCAUUUUUGCACUAAUAACAGAACUUCAUGUCAUUUUUCAAAACUCUAGACACAUAAUUCACAACCAAUGAUCAGAAUGCACAUUUUUUCAAAACAACACUUUUUUCAAAUGCUUGGAUACAAUAAAUAUAAGCCAAAGAUAAUUUGUUCAUUGAACUAAAAUCACCAGUUCAAAAUGACAAACUUAACAUCAAAAGAUUACUAUUUCAAAAUGCAACUCACACAUUGCAUUUGAGUUGAGUGUGUAUUCAUUUCAUUACAAAGAUCAAACUAUCAGUUGAUACAACUGCUUAAAAUGAAAAGUAACUGUUGCAUUACUAUGGAUAGCUUUUAUGGAAAUUGUUGAACAAUUGAGUCCAUAUUUAGAUUGACAGCUUCAGGAUAGAUCAUUUGACACCAAUUAGGCUUCCACAGAAUAUCACCCAGAUGGACUACAUUUAUGGAUGUCAUAUUUCAUUCAUUAUCAGAUAUGGCUUCUAUGGUCCCAUGUACCUCUUUUCCAGAACACAUUUUCAUAUUCAACAGUACUGUAUGCAAGAUGUCACUCUUUGCUUUUGUGGUUUUAAUGAGGUAAUUGCUGCUCAUUACUGCUAAUUGAUUUCACAUAUUUGAACACAUAUAUUAGUAAGAUGAGUAGUAUCUAGUAGCCUACUCAUUAUAAUGAGGACAUGGAGCCAGAAGUGGAAGGUGGAAGGCUAGGAUUAGAUGGUGGUGAAAGGAAUAGAAUGGGGCAAGCACCCCUUCUGAGAGGUGGCCGUGGGCCACGUCAUAGAGGAGGGCUUAGGCCUCACCAGAGAGGUGGGCAUGGGCCUCGUUUGAGAGGUGUGGGUGAACGUGGAAGAGGACAAGACCACAGACCUAGACAACAGCAGCAACAGCAAAGGGUUUCGAAUGAAAUAAGAGCGAUGGUUGUAGACUACGUCGUAAAUCAUGGCAUGACAAUGAAUGCAGCAGCUACAAUGUUUCAACCAAACCUCAGAAGAUCAUCUGUGGCCUCAAUCAUCAGAGCUUUCCGCAAUGAAAACCGAAUAGAGAUUAGGCCAAAUAGGGGAGGCAGAAGCAAAAUUCUGACUGACCAACAAGAGCAGGCUGUGGUCAAUAUGGUUCGGGUCAGAAAUUAUAUUCGCCUUAGGGAAAUUCGGCAGCACAUCUUGGACAAUGAAGACGUAUUCAGAAAUGUGGAAGCCAUAAGUUUGCUGACUAUUGCACGGGUGCUGAAAAGACAUCAGGUGUGUUUAAAACAACUAUACAAUGUGCCUUUUGAAAGAAAUACAGAGAGAGUGAAGCAACUGAGGAAUGAGUAUGUUCGGAGGGUGAUGAAGCUGGAUGCUGAUGAAAACCAUCACAAAUUCUUAUUUUUGGAUGAGGCAGGCUUUAACCUAGCCAAGACAAGGAGGAGAGGUGGGAAUGUAAUUGGCCAGCGGGCAACCGUCACAGUACCUGGACAACGUGGAGCCAAUAUCCCCAUGUGUGCAGCUAUAUCCGAAGAUGGAGUGGUUGGACGCAGACCUCGUAUUGGGUCAUAUAAUGCAGCUCUCCUUAUAGCCUUCCUUGAAGAGCUAAAUCAGGUCUGUAGAGCUGAUGGUGUGACCUGUUUAAUAGUUUGGGAUAAUGUUCAGUUUCCAUCAUGCUGGAAUGGUCCAAGCAUGGUUUCAGGCCCAUCCACAAUUUUGCACCCUGUAUUUACCUCCAUACUUCCCCUUCCUUAAUCCAAUUGAGGAGUUUUUCUCCACAUGGAGGUGGACGGUCUAUGAUAGGCACCCUCACGAACAAGUCACUCUUCUCCAAGCCAUGGAUGAAGCAUGCAAUGACAUCACAGCAGAUCAGUGUCAGGCCUGGAUUUGCCAUGCCAGAAGAUUCUUUCAAAGAUGUUUAGCGAAUGAAAACAUCCAUUGUGAUGUAGAUGAGAACCUGUGGCCAAAUCCACAAGACCGGGUUGAUGGAAACAUAGACGCAUAGUGCAGUGAGAACCACUUCCGUUUGCAGUAUACUGUAUUGUUGUUU